UACUUUGUAUAUAUAAAUUGUGUAGCAACCUCAAACCCCAUAUCCUCCUCCCAUGGCUGCUUCAUCAUCAUCUGCUUUUAUCAACAUGGACAACAACGUUAAUCAAUCCACCUCCACCAACACCACUUGGCCUUCAUUUUCUGACCAUAAUAAAUUUAGCACUCAAGUUCCAAAUUUCAAGUCAUUUGCUCCUUCCCCUACCCUUAUCUCCCCUUCUUCAGCUUUUAGCCCGACUGAUUUCUUGGACUCACCUGUUCUUUUCUCCACUUCUGCUCUUUUUUCUUCUCCGACUACCACCGGUGCUUUUGGCGGUGCUCAAACGGUAAACUGGAAGAACGAUUCUAAUGACCAUCAACAAGGAAUCAAGCCCAAGGGGUUUGAUUUUUCUUUCCAAGUGCCUCAAACGCAGUUAACGCUGCCAUCUACGACCGCUACCACUGCCUUUCAGUCUUGUUCCAACACGGUUUCUAUGGAACAACCGGCAUGGAGUUUAGAGAAAACCGGCGGUGAAAUGGUCCAAUUCAAACCAAAUAUGCAGAGCAAUACAGGUUCUCAACCAGCUGGUAAUUACACUUCCCAAUACCAUCAAACAUCACAGUAUAUGAACAACAGGAAGGUUGAAGACGGGUAUAACUGGAGAAAAUAUGGGCAAAAACAAGUGAAAGGGAGUGAAAACCCACGCAGUUAUUACAAGUGCACGUAUCCCAAUUGUCCCACAAAGAAAAAAGUGGAGAGAUCUUUGGAUGGACAAAUUACUGAAAUAGUUUAUAAAGGUAGCCAUAACCAUCCCAAGCCUCAAUCUACAAGAGGUAAUAGGUCCUCAUCGUCUCAUUCUGCUGAGAUAUCAGAUCAAUCAGUUGGUACAUUAGGGAACCAACUAGGAGACUCCUUUAUAAUGCAAGAUGAGACUUCGGGUUCCAUUGAUGAUGAUGACUUUGACCAAGCUUCUUCAGCAAUAAGUAACACUAAUGGUUGUGAUGAUAUCAACGAAAAUGAACCAGAUGCUAAAAGAUGGAAAGGUGAAAAUGAGAAUGAGGGUAUGGUAGGUUGUGGUAGCAAAACUGUGAAAGAGCCUAGAAUAGUGGUGCAAACAACAAGUGAUAUUGAUAUUCUUGAUGAUGGGUAUAGAUGGAGGAAAUAUGGACAGAAAGUAGUCAAGGGAAACCCCAAUCCAAGGAGCUACUACAAAUGUACGACAAUAGGUUGUCCUGUUAGAAAACAUGUGGAGCGAGCAUCCCAUGAUUUGAGGGCUGUGAUAACUACUUACGAAGGGAAACACAACCACAAUGUUCCUGCUGCACGCGGGAGCGGCUACGCGAUGAACAGACCUUCGGCUGUAACUGCAAACAUGCCUAUAAGGCCUUCAGCUGUCCCCAGUCAGCCUAACAAUACAAUGUACCCCAACUCGGGAGUUAGCUUGGGGAUGCUGCAGAACAACAACAACAACAACAACACAGGUAGUUUCGGAUUCUCUAGACUGGGGAAGUCCAUUGGCUCAUCAUACAUGAGCCAACCCCAUUUCUCAGAUGGGGCUUUUGCUAAGGAUGAACCUAGGGAUGAUUCAUUUUUGGACGGAUUACUGUCUUGAAAAAAGCAAAAUAACAUAACUUUUAGGAGUAAACCAAUCAACAAAGUGGAUGUUUUUCAGUUAGUUUUCCUUUAGUUGCUUGAUUCUGUAGGUUCUGUGACUCAAUACUCAAUACACAGAAUUAGUGCAUUUAUUCA